UUGUUCGUGUGGGCCUUUUAUUAUAGCUGUGUUCAUUAUUAAACUCCCUCGUCUAGUCUAUAAGCCGGAGGGUGACGGUGUUGGAGAGGCCAAGAUAAACUCAAAAUUAUGCGCGAUUAUCCCUCAGUGCCAAAUGUUUUUCGUGUGGCAUCCUCGCACAGUGUUGACACAGACUCAGUUGCUGUAGUAGUUGGGCCCGGCAACGGUGAUAUAAAAACGGCAAAUGCUAAUUUUUCCGCAGGCCAGUUAAGGCAACACAAACAAAAACAGCAACAACAACAGCAACAAAAUGGCAAUAUUAGUGGUCACCAGCAGCCAUUAGUCAAGUCCAGUGGUAACCCGCACCACCAUCCCUCGACUGCAGUAAUAACAGCAUCAGCAUCAGCAUCAUCGAAAUCAGCAACUUCAAAUCAUGGCUCAGCUUCAGUGGCUGCAGCUGGGGCGACAGCCGCAUCAACACCAACACCAACACCAUUGUCUACGUCGGCGUUUUUAUCAGUAUCUUCGACAAGUCUAUUGAAAACAUUCGGACCAAAUAAAUCCAGCGAUGAUUCCCAACAACGUCAGCAACAGCAACAAUUCAGACAGACGGCACACGCUUCCAUAGAGACGCCAGCUAGCAGUAGUGGUCUGCUGGGCACGUCACAAUUGUAUCUGCAUUCACCCUAUGCCACAUUGCCAAGGAAUCCCAUUAAUAUUUCGCAAUCGUCUUUGUCACUGCAUUCGGUGGCGGCGACCAAUGGUGGUGACAUCUAUGCUCGACAACAGCAACAUCAGCAGCAACCAUCCCACAAUCAUAUUUCUUUAAAUUCCAACCACAAACAGAAUUCAAUUGGCAAUAGCAGCACAAAUAUUGCAACAACAACAACACCGGCACCAAAAAACAACAAUACUCCGCCAGACACCACUAAUGAGGGCAAAAUGAUGGGUGUUAUAAAUACAAUUUCCGGUAGCAUACCCUCGACCGGUUUCCCGCCCAUCGACCAUGGUCACACCAACGCCACAAUCGGACCAACACACAUGGGUGUGAAUGGACGCACCAUGUCGGUGGCCAGUGAUCUAAAUCAACGUGACUUCCGACAAGUUCCAGCACCUGCACAACAACCAACAACAAUAUCCAAUCUGGAGGAAUUUACACCCUACCGACGUUCGGUUGUACCACCCUGCACCUCAACCAUGGAACGUAAUACUGGAGGAUAUUUAUGGAUUAUAACACCUGUUGCUGCCAGCAUUUCUGUGGCAAUUGUCAUUGCAGCACUCGCCGGACCUCAGUGGCUAUUUACAGAAGAGAAACAACCGAAUACCAAUUACAACGGCACCGCGAACUUUAAUGUCCUGGAUGAUGGUGCCUUUAUUACGCGUUACACCAAAUCAAGUCUUUGGAUAAUCUGUUCAACGGUUCAGGGGCUCAAUCUGGAAACAUAUAACUGUGUUAAAAUCGACUACUUUUCCAAGGAAGGCUAUCAGCCGGAUCCGCAUGAUUCUGCCUCAGCUAUUCCAUAUACUGUUACCAAGUCAUGUCCAUUCUUUUUGGCUUCUGGCAUUGUGUUGCUGCUGAGUUUCAUUGUGUUCCUGAUACCAACCUGUUCGCAUCAAAAUAAUUUAUAUUACUUUAGUGCCGGUAUUAUGUUCAUUGUGUCAGGUUUGCUGAUGCUCAUCGGUCUGAUUGCAUACAUAUCCAUAUUGAAGGCUGAAAUUGGGUCAAAGUUGCGUCCAAGGUCGUCGCUGCAACCGCCCAUGUUUAAGGUCACCUACGGUCAGAGUUUCUUUUUGUUUGUCUUCGGGUUUAUAGCGACCGAAUUUGUGGGUCUGCUCAACAUUUUUCUCUACAUCAGUCUGCAGGAAGCCGGCUAUUAUAGUCGCCUACCAUGCUUCAGCAUUUCAAACCUGCAGGAGAAAAUCCGUGAAGGAGAAAACCGCCAGAAACGCAAACCCAAAGCCAAUAAAAAUACCUAUAAAAGUUAUAAACAUGAACUCGAUAAGAAGCCAAUAGAUCGUAAACGUCACGGACAGCAAAACAAGAAACGUCAAGUUCGUGCUCAAGAAUUGGAAUUGGAUUCAAAGAAGCUGCUGAAAAAUAUGACACAAAUGAGCCGUAUUGAAGCUGUUGCAGCUGCGGCUGCUUCGGGAAGACGUACUGCUGCCGAGAUGUUUGAUAAAGAAGUACCCUUAGCAUGUCGGAAGCAUCCCAAUGGCCUGGGAUCAACAAUGUAUCUCAAUGAGUUGGAGAGGAGAUACUACUUUGAAAAGAAUUCCGACCAAGCAAUGUCGAAUAAGUGUAAUUUGCACUCGAAAAAUUUGGCAAAAUCUCUAAAUGAACUUUAUUUGGAAUCGACGCUACCACCGCCACCACCAUCUGCCAUACGGAUGGGUGGUGCCGGGCUCCAGCAGCGACAACGGCAGCAGCAUCAACAUCGCUCCCAAUAUCAGUUGCAAAUCCAAACACUGCCACGACCGCCACAACAAUUUAGCGAUACACCGCAAGAGUUUCCUCUGACGCGAAGUGUUUCCACAACAACGGAGAUUUAUGCCACCCACAAUGUCAGCUUUGCCGCUGAUUUAAGUGAGAAGGCGACAACCGCACAGAACAACAGCGGCAACAACAAAACUUCCUUGCAGGAACAAAAGAAUUCCGCCAACAGUGGUUUCGGCAAUCGAAGACGUAAUGUGGCAACCAACACGAGAUACAACAGCAGCACAAACAGCGAUAGCGAGACUCAAACAAAUGUUGCUCUUGGCACUGAAAGAAGUGGCGCCCAACAACAGCACAGCAAUAACAAGAAAAACUUAUACAAUAAACAACAACAACAACAGCACCACCAAACCAGCUACAAGUUUGAUGAACAACAGCAGCAGCAACAACAACACAAACGUGGCCAUCGUGGUGGCCCUGUCCAUCAGAAUAAUGGCAAUGUUGACGUUGAAGAUGAUGUUGAUGUUGACCACAAAGAUCAGGCCAAUGUGGAGGAUGACAAUGAUGACGCCGACGAGGAGCAGCCCCAAAAACUAUGUGGCCUCAGAAGGGGUAUUCGCAAGACCAAAGAUGAACUCUUCGAAGAGUUCUGCAAACGGGCUGGCGUACGUCCAAAGCCCAAGAAUAUUUACUACAUUGAGAACGAUGACGACGACGAGGACGAUGGCAUCCUGGAGGAGGAAGAGACAGGCCAUAGAAGAGACAUGAAUGCAUCGUUGGCCAGCGGAGGAAUGAAUCACAAAAUGUUUCGUUCGAAACCCAACAUACGCAACGCCAGUUCGAACCAAAAGCCAUUGGAUGGCCGUAAGAAAGUUCACGACAAACUAAGUGAAUACCGUGCCGGUGCAAAUGACAGCAAUGCCAGUGGAAAAACUCGGGAAAAUAAUCACAUUUUUCUGACGGCAGGAGGAGAGGCCGAGAGAGAUAAUGACGAUGUUGUCGAUGAUGAUGAUGAUGACGACGAUGAUGCCAACAUGCUUGGCGGCCAUGCCGCUGCUGAGGAUGAAAACGACGAUGAGCAUGGUUUUAAGAAAUUGACCGAAAAUGAAGACCAUUUAUAUGUGAUUGAUGAUAACAUCCAUUUAAUGCCAUCGUCAGCACUGCGAAACAAUGGACGUCGCGCAUCGAUGUAUGUUGAACCCAAUCAUAUGAGACGUCUUAACUCGAAUUUGUCACUUCACGCCCUGUACACACCCCUGCCUGUUCCGAAACCCUUGUAUGACUUUGAAGGCUCCCAUGGCGUUGGAGCGAAUAGCGAUUAUGCAGCCACCGCAUUUCCUUUGCCGCCACAUGGCAGUGCAACGGCACAUCAUUAUAUGACUCGUGAUGUCUAUGGUGGGUCACAGAAUCGUUUGCACCACCACCACGCCGACUAUCAGCAGCAGCAACAACAACAACAAAUGAUGUAUCAAAGCCGUACCACAUUGCCGAGGGCAUUGGUGAAACGAAGUACCGAUUCGCAGGACAGUAUAGCCUCAGCGUUAAGUACUAGUCAAUUGCACAAUAUUUACAGUUCCAGCCAGCAACGGUUAACGAAUCUUAUGAUGCAACAUCAACAACAACAGUUGCAGCAGCAACAACAACAGCAUCAAUUGCAACAGUUGCAGCCACAGAAUCGUUAUUUAAGCCUUUCUCGCGAGCAGGAUGUCUAUAGUUCCAGAUAUGGCCUACACAAGUCAAAUGAAGAGCUAAAUGGACACUUUGUUCAACAGCAGCACCAGCAGCAGGCCAUGUUUUUGCAGCCACCUCAUCAAAUACAGUAUGCCCAGCAACAACAACAGCAACAUCCUCAUAUGAGCUCUUCUUUAAAACAACAACAGCCAGUGGUCCAGUGGCCAAGUGCCAUACCUUCAUCACCCUCCAACUUUCGCCUGUACGGAGUUGGGGCACCACCCACAGCGACUGUUGUUUCCUCUCAGAAUUCCAAUCAUGCCAUAUUAACACGCUCCCAAAGCGGAGGUGGUAAUGGCACAGCUGGCGGUCAUGGUCCCUCAAAAUUCCAAAGAGCUUACGCCUUCGAUGAACAACGCCGACCAAGUGUCAUGGUUGGUGGUGAUGCAUUCGAUUUGGAUGAAAUUGAAAGAGAAAGGCGACGCUCGCAUGCCAGCCUAUUUGCGGGAAUGGGAAUUGUCAACGGUAGUCCAACUGUUAAAACAAGCGGCUCCGGUGCUGGUACAGGAUCUACGCUAGUUGCAGCUGUACAAAGUGGACAUGUAAAGCCCGGUGGUGGUGGCAGCAGCACCAGUACGGGGCAUCGUGACCAUUAUGAUAUGAUUAAUGGUACAGCUGUUUAGAGACCAAAGAAGAGAGGGAGGUCUUCCUCAAGGUUUCCCAAACAAAGAGCAGAAUAUUGCAUUUAGAGGACCUUCUAUUGGUACUUCAACAAAGUUUUUGAUAAAACCCCUAAAACUUAGAAUUGGCUUUAACAUCUCCCCGCCUACCCUCCCCCAUUCAAAGUAAAGCAAAAAAAAAAUAUUGUACACUGCCAUUAGAUUUAGAUUGAAUAUCCUUGAAAACAUACAUAUAUGUAUGCCGUUGGAGGAACAGGACAAAAGCCAAGCACCAAUUUGAAGAUAUUUUAUUUCACCGCUUCAUUUCAUAUUAAAAAUUGUGGUUUUGUUCGGUAUUUCCAUGGUAACAAAUGAAAUCAUCAAAGCUGAUAUUUUGAAGUUACGCUCAUCAGAAAUUGUAUCCCUUUCAGCCGCUACAUCCCUCCAACCACAGCAGCGAAUGAAUUUAUCUAGUAUUCAUAAAAAAGGAUGGGUUGACCAGAUGCAUGGACUUUUUUGUUGUGAAUAUUAAGGUGGUUCUUAGUCACUGUAAUGGAAUGGUUUCAGAUCUAAGUUUAACGGUCGUGUGAUGUGAUGCAAUGAUUUCACUCGCUCAUUUGCAUGACUUUCAAGGAAGUUGCGAUUAUUUCAUAUUUUUCAAGAAGAUUGGUGGAGACAUGUCAAAUGCCCGAUAAACGUGCCAUAAUACCGUUUGCAUAAAAAUGAAGGGGUGAGAAAAAACCUGCAAAAAAGUCAAACGCCAUAAUUUUUAAAUUGAUUUUUAAAUU